GAAGGCAAUGUGUGGAUAGAGAGCAACCUGGAAAGACAAGGAUGGAGUCGAAUGCUGGUGGCGCGGGUCGGGCUGUGUCCCGGGAGCUUCUCUCCGUGGAAGGCGGAGGCGGAGGUAUUCAUGAGACACUGCUGCUGAAUUCAAAGCAUAAGAAUAAGAAGGCUGUGAAGGCAGAGACAGUCUGGGUACCAAGGAGCAGCCUUUUAGAUAAGGUACAAAGCUUUCUACCACACAUGGCCAAUGCAAAUGAUGAACUAAGAAGAGAAAUGGAAAGUGUUCCUGCUCAAGACUUUGAUAUUGAACAUAUAGAUGCUUCAGAUGAAAAUGUUAUUGAAAUGGAUGUGGCUUUGGUGGAAUUGAGUGGUUCUAGUUCAGAGGAGGAGGAAUCAACCUCAGAAGAUGAAUCCAAUGAUAGCUCUGUCUGUGAAGAAGUCACUGUAGAUAACAUGAAGCUUCCUAAACCCAAGGGAGAUGGCAGAAUAGAAGUUUUGGACAGUAAAUCAAAUGAGUAGAUGUAUCAUAACUAUUUUAGAUGUCCUGUUCUGUUGCAUUCCCUGCAUUGUUACUAUCUGAGAGAAGAGUCCUCUUAGCAAACUACUUUGUUUCCUAGUCUACCUGGAGACUGGCUUGCUGACUUCACCUCAAACUGCUUGGAAACAAGAAAGAUCUCUUCGCAAGUCCAAAGAUAGGAGAGUAACAAGGACACUCUGUUUCCCCAAGGGAAGUAUGGAGCAAAAAAACAGAAUGAAGCACUGAACUGGAAAACAGACAGAAACUGUUUAUGUUAAGACACCUAAAGAGUAUAUUUUAGGGCUAGUUCUUACAGUUUUCCUCAAUAAGGCCAAUUCCAAAGUUACAGCCACAGUGAAAGCUGUUGGAAAUUAUUUCAUGCAAGGACUAUUCACUAUCUGGAUUGUUCCAGUUGUUUGGGACCUGCAUGGCAGCACUAACCAGUGUCUUGGAGUGAUAGAUGUGGUGAAUGGUUGUUACAUGUUACAACCAUCAUUGUACAAAAGCACUAUCAGAAGCUCCCAUGAAGUGUAGUAAGAACUAGCCUGGAGUCUGUUAUAAGGUGGGGGGAGGAGUUAUGUUGGCUUAAAUAGCCUUUUGUGUGUGUGUGAGGGGGGAUAAUAAAGGAAUGAAAUCAGUUUCAUAGUAUCAUAGAAUCAGAGUUGGAAGGGGCCUUACAGACCAACCCCCUGCCCAAUGCAGGAAUAGCCUAAAGCAUCUUCAAGAAGUAUUUGUCCAGCUGCUCCUUGAAGACUGCCAAUGAGGGGGGACCCACCACAUCCCUAGGCAGCCAAUUCCCAUUUAUUCAACCUUAUAGGCGAGUAUGUAGGUUGACUUACUGAAAGUCUUGCAGCCUGCAUUUUUUAAAAACAAAAUGGUAUGCACAAUAUGUCCAGAUUGGGGGAGAAAUUUAAUCUGAAUUUUACAGGUAGCAGAGUGUUAUAUAUCCCUACAGUCAUAUGAUGCAUCUGAAAUUGUGUCUAGCAUAUGUAGGAGGAUUUUGUUUGAUAAAGCAAUACUGUUUCUUAAAAGUGACACUUUUUUGUGACGUUCUGUCUUUUCCCCCAUAUUAAAUACCACAACUGGAAUGAUAUAUACAAUUUUGUGCUUAAAAUACUGACUUUGGAUUGUUUUGAAUGAUUGUUGGGAACUUUGGGCAGUGAGUAGUUCCAUUUCUGUGGUGGAACUUUUUCCUAGUUGUCUGACUUUUAGUAAACAUUAAGACUAUUUUCAAGGAAAUAUCAUGUAGUCAGGCUGACUAUUACAAAAACAACUGUAAUUCCCUCUCCCCCUAGCCCUUCUGAAAUAAAUGGGAGAAGUUGUGGUUCCUGCCCUCUGUUUUCAGAAGAUGUAUCCAGUAGAAGCAACGUAGGAAUAUUCCUGCUCUCUUUUGUAGUUCUGGAAAACCGUAGGAAGCUGCCGUAAUAGUACAAUGGCUUUUUUUUUGCCCAAGAAAAGAAGAAGCGGGUGGGGCAUGUACUGCAGAAAUACUUCUUUCAAGAUUUUAAAGUACACAGAGUUUAAUGUAACUUGCAUUCACAACUAUGUUGAUUACAUUUUCCUUAUUGGCAAACAGAUUAUAAAACAUUUGCUAUAGCUUUCAUAUGCAUAGUUUAACACAGAUGUCAAGCUCUGUAUGUCAUAGUAAGUGCACUUCCUUGAAUUUAUUUACAAUUUUUAUAGCCAAGUGGCUUUCUAUGCUGCUUAAAAUAUGCUGGACUUGCAUUGCAGAAACAAAGAAGCUUAAUGCUGGUGUAAUGCACAUUUUUAGACACUUAAGUCAAGAAAUCCAUGUAUUGUCUUUGGAGGAAACAGGGAAUCUAGCACAUUGUUUCUCUAAGCGAGUGGGAGACUUCAGUGCACUGUUAUGUAGAUUUUGGUCCACCACUGGAUGUUCAGUAAUGUUGCAGAUGUGCAUUUUAGUUAACUAUAGUGGAUGAUGGAGCCAAGACAAUAAAAGGAGUUAUAGCUGAAGAUUUCACAAAACGUCUGUGACUCACCCAGGGGUUCCUACCACAUUCUGCUAGUGGAUCCAUGUAACAUAAUACUUGGCAACAAAUGGUAUAGCUGAAGAGAGAAAGUCUGACUCCAGUUAGCAAUGCAAAUAUUCUUCACUUGCUCAGUGGGAUGAGGUUCUGGUUUUUGUAAUGCCAGGAAACAUCUCUAACAGCUUUGCCUAUUUGUAAUUCUGUCCUUCUGCCUUGUGCUUGAGGAAGGAUGGUAAACUUGAAUAGAUUAGCAAGAGUAUCAGUUUGUUGAUUAAUAUUCCACUGUUACUGCUUUUGUUCUCAGAUAUUCAUGAAGUGCUUCUUCACCUGAAAGAAAUUGGAAUAUUAAACAGUUUUGUGACUUGGAA